AGCAGAAGUUCAGAGGAACAGCCACAUAGCCAUGUUUCGUUGUGGACACUACUUGGAGAUUCUCGUUAAUGCUGGAUAGAGGAAUACAUUUCCCAAAGUGGAUCCCAACAAGGCAAUAUUCCAGUUAUUCCUCCUGACGAGGCCGAAAGGAGUUCCAGGAUUUAGCCAGCAGGCGGUAUGAGGUGCGAGGAAAAUCUGUGAAAGGGAAGCCAAUCGUUGCUCUAAACCAAGCCUGGCGCCCUGGCCUGAAAUAUAACAUUCAUGCACAAGGAAUGAAUGCAUAGCUAUGAUCUCAGAAGCUGAUAAUGGGUUUAUUUGAAUACAACGGAAAGGACACAGUAGCAGAAAGCAAAGAUGGAUAUGCUGGCGCUAAUUUGAAGCUGGCCUGCCGAAGCCCCUGAAGCUCAGUAUGAGUGAGGUCCAGGCCACGGUGGAGUUCUCUGUGGAGCUCCACAAGUUCUACAAUGUGGACCUUUUCCAGAGAGGGUUUUAUCAGGUGCGUGGGAGUGUGAAGGUGCCUCCUCGGGUCCCUCACAGAGUGGAGGCCAGUCUCCUUCAUCCCUCUGGGUCAGAUCUGGCCUUUCCCGCCUUGGUACAAGAUGACGUCAUCUGCAGCAAAACAUUUCAGAUCCUCUACAAAAACGAGGAAAUUGUCGUCAACGAUGUUCUUGUAUUUAAGGUCAUGAUGCUGCUGGAGGAGAAGAAGGUGGAGGAGUCCCUAAAUGAGAUGGACUUUCAGCUGUGCCUAGACCUGUACUUCACAGAUGGCGAUUACACGCCAGAGGAGCACAGCUCCCUGCAGAGCAUCAGCAGUCGCACCCUGCGCUUGCACUUUAGCCUCCACCGAGGUAUCCAUCAGCACAUCAACGUCAUGUUCGACUACUUCCACCUGUCCGUCAUCUCCGUCAUCGUCCACGCCUCCCUGGUGGCCCUGCACCAGCCCCUUAUCAGUUUCCCGCGGCUUGUGAAAAACACCUGGCUGAACCGCAACGCACCAGCACAGAGCAAAGACUCCCUUGUGCCACCCCUGGAGACCGUGGUGUUUGGCAGUAGCUAUGUGAAGCAGCUCUCUCCUGAUGGCAAGACGUUCCUGGUGUCGGAGCCGUGCUUGCAACACGCCUUCAGCCUGCACCACAGCCUGUGCGCCAGCUUGCUGCUCGCCUACCAAGGGCUCUUCGAGUUCUUCAUGGCUCUCACCAACAGGCUUCCCUCGUCCCGCCGCUUGGAACUUGCCAAGCCCAGCAUGCAAGUCCUUUAUGAGCGAGUUCUCAGAAGACCUUUCCCCCGAGGCCAAAGGCACAUCUACAUAGAAAAACUGGACGUGGAAGCCCGUCUUCACGAGCUUUGUGAACAAGUGAAGCAGAGGGCCGAGAGCGCAGACGAGCUGGCCGAGCUCGUGAACAUGAACCUGGCCCAGCUGUGCUCUCUGCUCAUGGCUCUGUGGGGCCAGUUCCUGGAGACGGUCUCCCUGCACGAGAGUGUCUCGGCGCUGCUGGCUCAGGAGCACCACACCCUGAGAGUGCGGAGAUUCGCAGAGGCUUUCUUUUGCCUCGAACACCCAAGACAAGCUGCACUGGCCUUCCAGGAGCUGCACGCACACAGCCACCAGCAGAUGACGACAGCCAUUAAGAACUCCUCCUACUUCCUGUCCCUGCCACCCCUUCCUGUGGAAUGUGCCGACCUAGACGGAGACGUCAACUCCCUGCCUAUCAUCUUUGAGGAUCGAUAUCUGGAGUCCAUUACAGAGGAUCGAGAUGGUCCAUGGCUUGGUCUCCACAGCACCAGGGGUGGCUUUGUGUCGAGUAAACCCCAUUCAAAGGAGGCGGGUGGAGUAGGUGCUCCCAGCCCUUACCCGGAACUGCGACAAGCCUCCCUGGCUACUACCUGGCCCGAACAGAACGAGCCUCCUGUCAAAUCCAAGGCCAGGUCCAUCAAACUGAAGAAGAACGCCAAGACUGAGAACUCUAAGAAGCUGAUCAGACAGAGCUCCAAGGACUCGGUGGUCCUCACAGGCUACAAGAACCUGAAGGUUCCUCAUGUAGAACCAGCCAGCAAGUCCAAAGAGAGCAACCCUCAGUGCGAUCAGAAAGUGGAGCAUGAAGCUCUUUCCGGGGAUCCCAGCAGUACGUUAUGCUCGAUGUUGAAACACACUCAACAGAAUGACAAUACAGCCACUCUUACUAUAGACCAUAGUCUUCAGAAUGACAGCCAGGCUAAGGCCAAUAUCCAGAAGGACAAUUUCACAAAUCUUUUGCAAGCACAGGCUAGGCCCCAGGCAGGUACUGGAGCAGGAGCCACGGAGAUCAAAGCAGCACACGGAGUUGAGCCUGCCGCCAUGCCUGCUGGACUGCGACAUAUCGAGGUCAAACCUAGCGACAAGGACCCCUACCAGGGUGAUAAGGUUACCAUUCUCUUUCCGUGCCCCAGCAGCACGACCCCCAAGAGGGACGCUCCCGAGAUCACACAGACGGACUGCUGUGAGGCCAAACCUCAAAGCAGGGAGAGCCAGGGUGGGGGAGUUGCCCCGGAGCUGGGCCCAGCGAUCGCUGCGGCGCCGAAGACGGACUGCGUGCCGAGCGCCUCUUCACGCCUGUCGGACUCGGGCAUCGAGAGCGAGCCCAGUUCUGCCACGCAUCUAGCGCCAGCGCAUCCUCCUUUCUCCGCCCUCACAGGGGCGGAGCCAGGCUGGGUUGCGCUGCAGCCUCCGAGCUACACCCCCAAGCCUCCUCAGCUCAGCCCUGCGUCAAAAGGUUCCACGGCGCCAGAGGCGCCCAACGCGGAGAGCACCAGCGGGGUGAGCGGCGUGCAGUCGUCCCUCACCUCCAUCAACUCGCUGCCCUCCGACGACGAGCCAGAGGGCGAGGCGACGGGCAGGAAGUCCAGCGUGGUGGUGCAGGAGCAGACCUUGGUCUUCUCUGGAGGAGCCGACAUCCGCCUCCCGCUCUCCGCCCCCAUCCCGGCCCGCCCCUCCGCACAGCGGGUGGCGUCCGGCGGGCCCGGAGAUGAGCCCGUGUUCCACGAUGACGAACUCUCCAUUCUCCUGUCCCUCUGCGAAGCCCUGACUCCCGGCAAGUUGACUUCGCCCACCGAGGCCGGUCCGCCGGCCGGAGCAGGGCCGCGGCCCGAGGUUCCCGGCGGCGACUCUCAGGCCGCAGCUCAGUCCAGCGCUUCAGCCACCAGCAGCACGGACCUGGUGAAGAAAGGCCUGGUGGAGAACUACUUCGGCUCGCGCUCCAGCACCGACGUCUCGGAGAUCAGCCCCGUGGAGACGGCCGCCGUCACGCUGGGCUUCCAGGCUGACGCCUCCGCCGCCACCGAGGACGAGGAGGAGGACGAGGAGGAAGAGCAAGAGCAUGAGAUGAUCGAGAACGGCUACUACGAGGAGACGGACGGGCCGGUCUGUGUCAACGGCCUGCCGGAGGAGGAGGGCCACGGUGCAGAGGGGGAUGGAGGUGGCGGAGCUGAGGCCAGGAGCAUCCUCUACGACCGCCUGGGUAUGGAGCAACUCCGAGAGGCAUGCUCCCCCCGGACCCGGCCUCAAGCCCCGGGGCUAACCAGAAACAACCUGUGCUGGUACGAGAGCGCACCUCCAGCCCAGAUGAAAGCGUUUAUCCAAGGCCGGGAGGAGCUGAAGCAGCUCAGGUUGCCAGGGUUCCUGUACAGCGACGUGACAGAGCUGGCCUCCACCUUCCCCUACUUCAGCAUGGACGAGGACGAGAGCAGCGAGGAGGGAGUCCACCUGAUCGUGUGUGUGCACGGCCUGGACGGAAACAGUGCGGAUUUAAGGUUGGUGAAGACCUACCUAGAGCUUGGCCUGCCCGGGUCCCGAAUAGAGUUCUUGAUGUCUGAACGUAACCAGAAUGACACCUUUGCCGACUUUGAGUCUAUGACGGACCGACUUUUGGAUGAAAUUGUACAGUACAUACAAAUCUACAGUCUCACUGUUUCAAAGAUAAGCUUCGUGGGCCACUCUCUGGGGAACCUGAUCGUGCGCUCCGUGCUGACAAGGCCCAGGUUUAAGUCCUACCUCAGCCGCCUGCACACGUUCCUCUCGCUCUCCGGGCCACAUCUCGGCACGCUCUACAACAGCUCUGCCCUCGUCAACACGGGACUGUGGUUCAUGCAGAAGUGGAAGAAGUCGGGCUCGCUGCUGCAGCUGACCUGCCGCGACCACUCGGACCCCCGCCAGACGUUCCUCUACAAGCUGAGCAAGAAAGCGGGUCUUCAGUUCUUCAGGAACGUGGUGCUGGUGGGCUCCCUGCAGGACCGCUACGUACCCUAUCACUCCGCCCGCAUCGAGAUGUGCAAGACGGCCUUAAAAGACAAGCAGACAGGCCCCGUGUACGCUGAGAUGAUAGAGAACCUGCUGGUGCCUGUGCUCCAGAACAAAGACUGCGACCUGGUGCGCUACGAUGUCAUCCACGCCCUGCCCAACACCGCCAACUCCUUGAUCGGCCGGGCGGCCCACAUCGCAGUUCUAGACUCUGAGAUUUUCCUGGAGAAGUUCUUCCUGGUAGCAGGACUCAAGUUCUUUCAGUAGCCUGCAAGAACAGAUGAGAAGGACGCGAAUACCUCACAACACCCAAAUGGACAUUCUCAACAGCGUAUCGCUAUUUUUUUAUUCACUAUGUUUUUAAAUAUGCCUUUGCCUUUAUGUCUGGAGUAAACAGAGCUGUGUGUCUGUUCUUAAUUUUUUCUUUUUAUCUGGUCUGUUGUGAAUGUGGAAUUUAUCAUUUUUAUUUUUGUACUGCCAUUUUUCUAAAAGGAUGUUGAUUUUAAUGUUCUAUUUGUUGGUAAUGAAAUUUAAGUCUCCUUUGCGGUAUAUUUUCAGUGUUAUUUAUCUAUGAAAUUAUAUUUUGCCAGUUUCCUUCCACAGUACAAUUCAUCGAACUAAUUAAUGCUGAACUGGAAAUGUAGCUGCUAAGGAAAAGAAGAAAUGAAAUAUUUAUUUGGGUAGCUAAGCGGAGGCGCAAGUCCUCUCGAUUUCAUCGUGUCAGCAGAGACGUGCGCUGUUCACCAGUACUUCACUGUAUCAAUGGUUAACUGGCAUCCCAACUGCAUUUAGGUUUUCUAACAAAUCGAUUACCAUUUGAGUACAUGUAUUUUGUAUGACAGGGUUGGGUUUUUUGGGGUUUUUUUUUUUUUUUGGUACGGUGACAGACUUCCAGAUAAACUCCAGAUGUGAUAUGAUUGUAGCUGAGACAAAACAGCCUCUGACUUUAGCUUUGAUUUUAUAUGCUGUCUUGUUCAGCCAUUGCAACGUCAUGCACAAUGUUAUCCCAACCUGGCGUUGGGUAAGAGAACCUAGCUUAGCAUGUUAGCAUUUUACUACAGGGGUUUUCCACAUUUAAAAGUAAUCUAAGUUUGGUUGGGAUAAAUGAGGUUGUGAUGUUAUAACAGUAUUUAGUGAUUAGGCGUUAAAGGAAAGUAUUUAAGUUUGGUUUCUCGUGGGGCUUUAAUUUAUGCUUGUAAGCAAAAAAUGUAAUUAAUAAAACAUCGGUUUUAUUUGUUGAAAGGUUUUCUAUCAUUGACUUCACAAUUCAUUAAAUGUACUCAAAUCAGA